GGAGUCACAAACGGUAACCUCUCACAUUAACAAUGAAUGCUAAGCAGUAGCUUCAUUCCUGGUGAGUCUGUCUGAGUCAAAGCUGACAAGGAAAGAAAAGUUAUUCACGUGUUGGAGCUGACCUCUUCAUGGCUGAUCACAUGUUACAGCUUGCUGUUGGUCUGUCUGUGGGUGUCCUGUUGCUGUUCCUGCUGCUGAUUCUGAUAGUGUGCUACCUAAGGAGGAGGAAAAAAGAGCAGAUGCAGUAUGAAGAGCUGCUCUCUGCAGUGCCUUCAGUCCCGGCAUGCUCUGCUCCAGUGAUCCUGGUGUCUCAGGGCUCCUGGGCCACGCCCCGUGAGAUCGCUUUCACUCUACCUCCUCGCUUCAUCACACAAAACCAUGGAGAUCGGAAAAAUAACGAGCAGGACAAGAAAGAGGAGGAGGAUCCCCAGCGGGACGUACUGGCUCAUCGUGGGUCGCUCUCAGUGAGGAGCUGGUACCCAGUGGGGACGGUUUUGGCUGGUCUCUACUCUGUACCUCCUCUAAAUGAGGUGGUGGCCCCCCCUCCCGGCAUGGUCUCCCGCCUCUGCUUCUCCGUGGAAUAUCGACACAGCAGCGAACAGCUCAUGGUCUUCUUGCUCCGCCUCAGCAACCUCCCUCCACGUUUCCAUGGCAACGUCACGAUGGUGGAGCUCAGACUUCUCCCUGAUGACAGGCGGCCCCGUCAAGCCAAGGCCCGGGGCACGGGUCCAGACCCCGAGUUCACCGACUGCUUCAUUUUCCAGGUGUCAGCGUUGCAUGUGCUUCACAGCACCCUGAGUGUGUGUGUGCUGAGUGUGGAGCAGGAUGGUAAACGCCAUGUGGUGGGUAGGGUGCUGUUUUCUCUGGAGGGGGAGUUCGGUCAGGCUGGCAGGGUGCUCUGGAGAGACCUUGAGACUGAGGAAGACCCACAGUGUUCAGAGCUGGGGGAUGUGCAGAUAUCUCUCAGCUACAGUACAUCCCUGCAGCGCCUUUCAGUGGUGGUUUUGAGGGCUCGAGGCAUACAGCUGCUCACAGACGCAGGUGUGUGUGUCCAGGUGAGCUUACAAAAGCACACUCAGGUGGUGAAGAUGAAGCGCAGCUGUGUGGUGAAAGGUGAAAAUGACCCCUACUUCAACUUCAGGUCGACCUUUAAACUGCGACCUCAGCACCUGGACGAGGCCUGCGUGAGGUUUGAGCUGCAGCAGCCGAGCAGCGUCCGCUCAGGUGACUGUUGGACGGGCUGA